GGAGGGGAGCCACGGCAAAGACGAGCACAGGCAGGAGCUCCGCGGGGUGGCUGGCAACGUGGUACUUAUGGUGACUUAUGGGAGCCAGGGGCUGCCAGAGAGGGAUGUGGAUGUUAUCAGCUCCGUGGAUUAAAUGCCCAUUUACAUUGUUACUGACAUAUAAAUUAUUCGUGCCAAGCAGACAAUAAAGAAAAGGAUUUCUGGGGAGCAGAAAUGUGGCGCAUGCCCCAGGAUAUGGACUCUUCUUUACCCCAGUCUGUCCUUUGGGUUCUGGUGAAGUGAACUGCAGGCCCUCAGUAGAACCCCAGUUCCUGUUCUCAUGAUGUUGGCAGCAGCCUUCCCCGGCACCAGUGCCAUGGUGAUGAGCAAGCUUCCCAAGUGGCUCCUAAGAAGACAGGAGGGCCUUUGAAGAACAGACAUCCCUCCUUCUGGCGGACUAGGUCUGCAGGGGUGAGGGCGCGCCUCUUGCAUGUGGGCCUCAUCGCUGUGCUGGAGAGAGAAGCACCGCUGAGGGAGACUGGGAUUUUAUGUCUGGGAAAUGGAGUCCAUCUCUGAGGGCAGCCAGCAGCAGCCGAGAAAGCUGGUCACUCAUGGACUGGAAGACCAAAAGAGGAUCUACACGGAUUGGGCCAAUCAUUACCUUGCCAGAUCCGGCCAUAAACGGCUCAUUAAGGACCUCCAGCAAGAUGUGACGGACGGCGUGCUCCUGGCCCAGAUCAUCCAGGUUGUGGCAAAUGAAAAGAUCGAAGACAUCAAUGGCUGUCCGAAGAACAGAUCGCAAAUGAUUGAAAACAUAGACGCCUGCUUAAACUUCCUGGCAGCUAAGGGAAUCAACACCCAGGGGCUGUCUGCAGAGGAAAUCCGGAAUGGGAACCUCAAGGCCAUCCUAGGCCUCUUCUUCAGCCUCUCCCGCUAUAAGCAGCAGCAACAGCAGCAGCAGCCGCCACCCCAAAAGCCACACCUCUCGUCCCCUCUGCCACCUGCUGGGUCUCAGGCUGCCGGGGCACCCUCCCAGUGCCAGGCUGGUACUCCUCAGCAACAGGUGCCAGCUACUCCCCAAGCCCCGUGCCAACCCCACCAGCAGACGACACCUCACCAGCAGGCCAAAGCACAAGUGGAAAUGCAGUCCAGACUUCCAGGUCCUACGAGGGUGGCUGCUGCAGGCAGUGAGGCCAAAACCCGUGGAGGGUCAGCCGCUGCUAACAACCGGCGCAGCCAGAGCCUUAACAACUAUGACAAGUCCAAGCCGGCCGCCUCCCCGCCCCCACCACCAAGUAGCCAUGAGAAAGAGCCAUUGGCAAGCUCGGCGUCCCCCAACCCCGGAAUGAGCGUAACUGCACCUGCUGCCUCGGAGAACAAUCCUGCCACCCCUGCUAACUGCACCUCGGCCAUCCCCCAGCCCGGCUCGGCCUCCAAGCCCUGGCGCAGUAAGUCCCUCAGUGUGAAACACAGUGCCACGGCGGCCAGCCUCACCACCAAGCCACCCGGGCCCGAGGUCCCCAGGCCCAGCCCUGAAGCCAUGAAGCCAGCCCCUAACAACCAGAAGUCCAUGUUGGAAAAGCUAAAACUUUUCAACAGCAAAGGGGGCUCCAAGGCAGGCGAGGGCCCGGUGUCGCGGGACACGAGCUGUGAGCGGCUGGAGAUCCUGCCCAGCUUCGAGGAGAGCGAGGAGCUGGAGGCCGCCGGCCGGGCCCUGUCCACCGCGGGCCCCACGUCCAGCAGCCCCAAGAUUGCGCUCAAGGGCAUUGCCCAGCGGACCUUCAGCCGGGCACUGACCAACAAGAAGAGUUCUCCAAAAGGCAGUGAGAAGGAGAAGGAGAAGCAGCAGCGAGAGAAGGAGAAGGGAAAGGACCUCGCCAAGCGGGCCUCUGUGACGGAAAGGCCUGAGAUCAAGGAGGAGCCCAGGGAAGAGCCCAAUGGAUCAGCCACCGCCGAGAUGCCAAAAAAGUCCUCCAAGAUUGCCAGCUUCAUCCCCAAAGGGGGCAAACUCGCCAAGAAGGAGGCCUCGACCCCUUCCCAAAGCGGAAUACCAAAACCCGGAAUGAAGAGCAUGCCGGGCAAGUCCCCAAGUGCCCCUGCCCCUUCCAAGGAAGGGGAACGGAACCGCGGUGGGAAGCCAAGCGCGGGGCUCCCUCCUCCAAAGACCCAGCUGGAUGGAGGGCACUCAGGCUCCUCCUCCAGCCUCGCGUCCUCCGAGGGAAAAGGCCCCGGCGGGACCCCGCUGCACCCCAGCGUCAGCAGCCAGACUGUCGGUGGCUCGGUGGGGACCGCCCUGACCCCAGGAAGCAGCACCGUCAGUGUCCAGCUACCUCAGCCCCAGCAGCAAUACAGCCACCCCAACACUGCCACGGUCGCACCUUUCCUGUACAGGUCCCAGACGGACAUGGAAGGAAAUGUCACUGCCGAGCCCUGCUCCACGGGUGUGAGUAUGGAGCCCAGCCACUAUAGCAAGAGUGGACAGCCUGCUCUGGAGGAACUCACGGGGGAAGACCCCGAGGCCCGGCGGCUGCGGACGGUGAAGAGCAUCGCUGACCUGCGGCAGAAUCUGGAGGAGACCAUGUCCAGUUUGCGGGGAACUCAGGUCACACACAGCACGUUGGAAACUACGUUUGACACCAAUGUCACCACGGAAAUAAGUGGCCGCAGCAUCCUCAGCCUGACAGGGAGACCCACACCUCUGUCCUGGAGACUUGGCCAGUGCAGCCCCCGGCUCCAGGCUGGAGACGCCCCCUCCAUGGGCAAUGGGUACCCGCCUCGCGCCAAUGCCAGCCGCUUUAUCAGCACGGAGUCGGGCCGCUACGUGUACUCCGCGCCACUGAGAAGGCAGCUGGCUUCCAGGGGCAGCAGUGUCUGCCAUGUGGAUGUGUCCGACAAGGCAGGAGACGAGGUAGCCCUAGAGAGCAUCAGCAUGGACGCCCCUGGCUACAUGAGUGAUGGGGACGUCCUGAGCAAGAACAUCCGCGCCGAUGACAUCACGAGCGGGUAUGUGACCGACGGUGGACUUGGCCUUUACACACGGCGCCUGAACCGGCUUCCUGACGGGAUGGCUGUGGUGCGGGAGACCCUCCAACGCAAUACUUCCCUGGGCCUCGGGGACGCUGACAGUUGGGAUGACAGCAGCUCCGUCAGCAGCGGCAUCAGCGACACCAUAGACAACCUCAGCACAGAUGACAUCAACACCAGCUCGUCCAUCAGCUCCUAUGCCAACACGCCUGCCUCCUCCCGGAGAAACCUGGAUGUGCAGACUGACACCGAGAAGCACUCACAGGUGGAGAGGUGUUCCCUGUGGUCUGGUGAUGACUUAAAGAAAUCAGACGGAGGGUCAGACAGUGGAGUAAAGAUGGAGCCAGGCUCCAAAUGGAGGCGGAACCCUUCAGACAUAUCAGAUGAGUCUGACAAAAGUGCAUCCAGCAAGAAGAAUCCUGUCAUCUCCCAGACAGGCUCAUGGCGGCGAGGCAUGACAGCCCAAGUGGGUAUCACCGUGCCAAGGACAAAGCCAUCUGCACCAGCAGGCACACUGAAGACCCCGGGGACUGGAAAAACUGAUGAUGCUAAGGUGUCUGAGAAGGGUCGGCUUUCACCCAAAGCCUCCCAGGUGACACGCUCCCCUUCAGAUGCUGGCCGCAGCAGUGGUGAUGAGUCCAAAAAGACCAUGCCCACCAGCUCUAGGACACCCGCUGCCAACACCAACAGCUUUGGGUUCAAGAAACAGAGCGGCUCUGCCACUGGGCUGGCCAUAAUCACAGCCAGCGGGGCCACCGUGACCAGCAGGUCUGCUACACUGGGCAAAAUCCCCAAGUCCUCUGCGCUCGUUGGUCGGUCUACAGGUCGGAAGACCAGCAUGGAUGGAGUUCCAAACCAGGAUGACGGGUAUCUGUCUCUGAGCUCGCGGACGAACCUGCAGUACCGGAGUCUGCCAAGGCCCAGUAAGUCCCACAGCCGGAGUGGGGCCGGGAACAGAUCCAGCACCAGCAGCAUCGAUUCCAACGUGAGCAGUAAGUCAGCAGGGCUGCCAAUGCCCAAGCUGAGGGAGCCCUCCAAGACGGCCCCCGGCAGCCCGCUGCCAGGGCUGCUCAACCAGACAGAUAAGGAAAAAGGCGUCUCGUCCGACAAUGAGAGUGUUGCCUCCUGUAGCUCAGUGAAAGUGAACCCAGCCUCCCAGCCUACAUCCAGCCCAGCCCAGGCCACGCUCCAGCCAGGGGCCAAAUACCCAGACGUGGCCUCACCCACGCUCCGCAGACUCUUUGGUGGGAAGCCUACCAAGCAAGUGCCCAUCGCCACAGCUGAAUCCAUGAAGUGCUCGGUGGUCAUCUCCAACCCUCAUGCCACCAUGGCCCAACAAGGAAACUUAGAGUCCCCCUCAGGCAGUGGCGUCCUGAGCAGUGGGAGCAGCAGCCCUCUCUACAGUAAGAACGUGGACCUCAACCACUCUCCUCUGGCCUCCAGCCCCGGCUCAGCCCACUCAGCCCCUUCCAACAGCCUUACCUGGGGCACUACUGCCAGCAGCUCCUCAGCAGUGAGCAAGGAUGGCCUUGGCUUCCAGUCUGUCAGCAGCCUGCAUACCAGCUGCGAGUCCAUAGACAUCUCCCUCGGCAGUGGAGGGGGCCUGAGCCACACCUCCUCCCCUGGCCCACUUGCCAGCUCUAAGGAUGACUCCCUGACGCCAUUUGUCCGAGCGAGCAGUGUGAAGACCACACUGUCAGAAAGCCCUCUCUCUUCCCCUGCUGCUAGCCCUAAGUUCUGCAGGAGUACUCUGCCCAGGAAGCAGGACAGUGACUCGCACCUUGAUAGGAACACUUUGCCUAAGAAAGGACUCAGGUAUACUCCCACCUCCCAGCUCCGCACCCAGGAAGAUGCCAAAGAGUGGCUGCGGGCCCACUCUGCGGGGGGCCUGCAGGACACCACUGCCAACUCCCCCUUCUCGUCGGGCUCCAGCGUCACUUCUCCCUCUGGAACAAGAUUCAACUUCUCCCAGCUUGCGAGUCCCACCACUGUCACCCAGAUGAGUUUAUCCAACCCAACCAUGCUGCGGACCCACAGCUUGUCCAACGCGGAUGGGCAGUACGACCCCUACAAUACUGACAGCCGCUUCCGGAACAGCUCCAUGUCCCUGGACGAGAAGAGCAGAACCAUGAGCCGCUCGGGCUCCUUCCGCGAUGGGUUUGAAGAAGUUCAUGGAUCCUCACUCUCCCUGGUCUCCAGUACAUCCUCCGUCUACUCCACGCCGGAAGAGAAAUGCCAGUCAGAGAUUCGCAAAUUGCGGCGCGAGCUAGACGCCUCUCAGGAGAAGGUGUCAGCCUUGACCACGCAGCUGACCGCAAAUGCACACCUUGUGGCUGCCUUUGAGCAGAGUCUUGGGAACAUGACCAUCAGGCUCCAGAGCUUGACCAUGACUGCAGAGCAGAAGGAUUCAGAACUGAACGAGUUAAGGAAAACCAUCGAGCUACUCAAGAAACAGAACGCAGCUGCCCAGGCUGCCAUUAAUGGAGUAAUUAACACUCCAGAGCUUAACUGCAAAGGGAACACCAGCACCCAGCCAGCAGACCUGCGCAUACGCAGGCAGCACUCGUCCGACAGUGUCUCCAGCAUCAACAGCGCCACCAGCCACUCAAGUGUGGGAAGCAACAUAGAGAGUGACUCAAAGAGAAAGAAAAGGAAAAACUGGGUCAAUGAGUUACGCAGCUCCUUCAAGCAAGCAUUUGGGAAGAAGAAGUCCCCCAAGUCGGCAUCCUCUCACUCUGACAUCGAGGAAAUGACGGACUCGUCCCUGCCCUCCUCACCAAAGUUGCCACACAACGGGUCCACAGGCUCCACUCCACUGCUGAGGAAUUCUCACUCUAACUCACUGAUUUCCGAGUGCAUGGACAGCGAGGCUGAGACAGUCAUGCAGCUGCGGAAUGAGCUGAGAGACAAGGAGAUGAAGCUGACAGACAUCCGCCUGGAGGCUCUCAGCUCCGCCCACCAGCUGGACCAGCUCCGCGAGGCCAUGAAUAGGAUGCAGAGUGAAAUCGAGAAGCUGAAGGCCGAGAAUGACCGGCUGAAGUCAGAGUCUCAGGGCAGUGGCUGUAGCCGGGCCCCUUCCCAGGUGUCCAUCUCUGCCUCCCCCAGGCAGUCCUUGGGCCUCUCCCAGCACAGCCUGCACCUCACCGAGUCCAGCAGCCUGGACAUGUUGCUGGAUGACACUGGUGAAUGCUCGGCUCGGAAGGAAGGAGGCAGGCAUGUUAAGAUAGUUGUCAGCUUUCAGGAGGCAAUGAAGUGGAAGGACUGCAGACCUCACCUCUUCCUCAUCGGCUGCAUUGGCGUCAGUGGCAAGACCAAGUGGGACGUGCUCGACGGAGUAGUUAGACGGUUGUUCAAAGAAUACAUCGUUCAUGUUGACCCUGUGAGUCAGCUGGGGCUGAACUCGGACAGCGUUGUUGGCUACAGCAUUGGGGAGAUCAAACGCAGCAACACAUCGGAGACCCCUGAGCUCCUCCCCUGUGGCUACUUGGUGGGCGAGAACACCACCAUCUUGGUGACAGUCAGGGGGCUUGCAGAAAACAGCCUGGACUCUCUGGUGUUUGAGUCCCUGAUCCCCAAGCCCAUCCUGCAGCGCUACGUCUCGCUGCUGGUGGAGCACCGCCGCCUCAUCCUCUCCGGCCCCAGCGGCACUGGGAAGACCUAUCUGGCCAACCGACUAUCUGAGUACGUGGUACUUCGGGAAGGACGGGAGUUGACAGAUGGGGUCAUCGCCACCUUUAACGUGGAUCACAAGUCCAGCAAGGAAUUGCGCCAAUACCUGUCCAACCUGGCCGACCAGUGCAGCAGCGAGAACAACGCCGUGGACAUGCCGCUGGUGAUCAUCCUGGACAACCUGCACCACGUGAGCUCCCUGGGCGAGAUCUUCAACGGGCUGCUCAACUGCAAGUUCCAUAAGUGCCCUUACAUCAUCGGCACGAUGAACCAGGCUACCUCUUCCACUCCCAACCUGCAGCUGCGUCACAACUUCAGGUGGGUUCUCUGCGCCAACCACACAGAGCCCGUGAAGGGCUUCCUUGGCCGCUUCCUGAGGAGAAAGCUCAUGGAGACGGAAAUCAGCGGGCGGGUGCGCAAUGCGGAACUCGUGAGGAUUAUCGGCUGGAUCCCCAAGGUCUGGCACCACCUCAACCGCUUCCUGGAGGCUCAUAGCUCCUCAGACGUCACCAUCGGCCCCAGGCUCUUCCUGUCUUGCCCCAUGGACGUGGAUGGCUCAAGAGUGUGGUUCACCGACUUGUGGAACUACUCCAUCAUCCCCUACCUCCUGGAAGCUGUCAGAGAAGGGCUCCAGCUCUAUGGAAGGCGUGCCCCCUGGGAGGACCCUGCCAAGUGGGUGAUGGACACCUACCCAUGGGCAGCCAGCCCACAGCAGCAUGAGUGGCCUCCCCUACUGCAGCUCCGGCCUGAGGACGUGGGCUUCGAUGGCUGCUCCCUGCCGCGGGAGGGAUCAGCAAGCAAGCGGGCGACCCCUGGCGAUGCGGAAGGAGACCCACUGAUGAACAUGCUGAUGAGGUUGCAGGAGGCGGCCAACUACUCCAGCCCCCAGAGCUAUGACAGUGACUCCAACAGCAACAGCCACCAGGACGACAUCUUGGACUCGUCCUUGGAGUCCACUCUGUGAGUGACGCCGUCUCUCCUCACCCCUUCCUGCCUGCGUCCUGCACCUCGUCCUGAAGAUGACUCCCGUGAGCCAGCCAAGCCGCCACCGCCACCGCCACCGCCAAGAAGAGCCUCGUCCCUCGGGCUCCUGCCUUGGCUCUCACACCCGAGCAGCCGCUCCAGACCCUUCCUCCCAACUGAGAACUGUGCUAAGCCUCUGUCCUACUUCUUGUUUUGCCUUGUUGCUGUGAUGUCCUUAAGACACUGAAGGACACUUCUCGGGAAAGGAUCCUCACCACUGAAAUACAAAGAGGGAUGAGAUGAAAAGUUAGGAGAAAAAAAACCCACUUGACACUCUGAAGCAGACCAGCAUCCUGCCACAGGCUGCCCCAGAUACACGAAACUGGAACAACAUUGGAGACCCCGGCAGCAUGGCUUCUCUCGGCACAGACCCUCCAGCCUGGGUCUGGCCACCAGCACCCCACAGCCAUGCCACCCGCCGUCCUCGGAAGACCUGGUGCUAAGGAGGCCGCUCGUUCUGCUCACCGCCAGCGCCCUGCACAGCUCCGCCCAGGGAAACCCUAAGAAAAUCCCUCCUGCUUUCUGUUCCCCAUGGUGAGCUCCUUCUCCGAGAGGUGUUCUGUGGGGCUCAGCCAAGCCCCUUUGGGUCCAUAAGCCCCAGUUACCCACAAGAACAAGAAUGAGUGCAGGUGUGAGUGUGAGUGAGGCGGGUGUGGCUGCUCAUGCAGAAAAGUGUGCCUGUCUCCUUUGUCCUGUCAAAAUGCGUCAGGUUUUCUCUGCGAACACUGUGUGUCGUGUCAGUGGCUCUUUGGAGAACCAACGACCCCUGUUUCUGCCUUUCUGACUUGUUGACGUUCACGGUUCUUCCCCUUCCCCCUUGGCCAUGGUCAGGCCCUUGGUGAAGGGAAGAGCUGGGGGAGCAGAGUUGGGCUGGGUCCUCAGGUGUGGUCACAGUGGCCACCUUCCUCGUUCCGCACGCCCGCCUUCCACGAGGCGCGGGUGUCUGUGUCCUUCCAAACGGUGACACUCAUCCUCCCGGCGCGAGCCAAGGGCUGAGAACCCACCACAUCACCUCAGCACCCCCAGUCCAGCUGCACCUCACAAAACACUGGAGCUUUUCUUGGAACCAUCCAGACGGUGACGGUGCAGCUCAACCAGGGAGGGCGGCCGUGCCCUCCCCGAAGCCCAGCCCAGCCCAGCCUCCAUCCUGACAAGCCUUGCCUGACCUCUUCGGUGCUGACCUUCCCAAAGCAAUGCCUUACUGGUUUUGUACUAACAGUGUGCAUUUCCUGAGUGUCGUGCCUGCCUGGGGUUGUGUGUGGGUGCUUGUCCUCCCCAUCAAAGCAAACAGGGCUAAAAAAGGUCAUCCAUUCACACAGAGAACUCAGUUUGCUCACUCCUCAUCCAGAAGACUCAUGUGUGGAUGUGUGACCAUGGGAAAAAGAAAAAGGAAAAAAAAUAUUUUUUAAGGUUCUUAUCAGACUCCAGCCAGUGACCUCAGUGGUCAGUGGCCCACUCCUGGCCCAUACCCUACCACACAUCCAGUGCUGUGGCUUCAGCAUACUGGCAUCUUCUUUGCCGAGCAUGGUACAUCUUUUGAGCUUGUUUUCUAAGGAAAAUCUUUACUGGGCCCCAGUGAGGGUCUCUCUUAACAAUCAGGGUUUGUGUCCAGCUUUUGUAGUUCUGUUCCUGAGGGUUUGUUUGCCCCAUUUGGUUUUUCCCCCUAUUUUCUCACCCUAAGUAGGAGCUUGACCCAAAAGUGCUCAUUUUACUUUGAAUAUCACCAUUUCCUUCCUCUUUGCAAGGAACAGGAAUGUGUUCCGCUAACUGGUGCAUAGAAAACCUCCCAAGGCUAUCCCAGCUUCAAUCUCUCUGACCGCAGACUCCUCAGCCUCCGUCCCUCAUCCGGGUGUGAGUGUGUCUUGUUACGUGUUUUGCUCUUAAUAAACUUUUUAAGCCUGAUGUUAAGCCUGUGGCCAGGGGUCUAACCCUGAGCCUUCUGGUGCCCCUGAAGGGUGGCCCUUCUCAAUCUAUCUCCCAGCAAUGACCUUGCACUCUCAUACUGUGAAUCUGGAAGGAGGUGGAUUCACUUCCUCCUCAUGGGUAGUUUUCCCAGCCACCUUGUGAGUACACACCUACCAAUGCUGUUAGAAACCAUUUUUUUGAUGACAUCCUCUGCCCCUCCCCUUACCCAGGCUUCCCUCACACUGAGUCCAGGCUCAGCAUAAUUGUCUGUACCUGGUGCUGCCUGAAUUCAGGUCCCAUAGCCCUUGUGUGACUCAGCAUCCUUCCUAAAGUGUCAGGAAGCAGGGUUGUCUAAGAGGCAUGUUUCUUAUUGGGUCAUAUUUUUAGUGUCACUCACCUUUGACAAAGUGACUUUGUACUCAUUUAGGGCUCUGUCUGAAAUGCUUCCAUUUUUGCCUUUUUCUACAGUUAGGCUAAUUUUGAAAUGUAUGAAAUUCUAUGCAAUACAUCUCUUGAGUUACCAGUGGAAGCCGAAAGUUUUCUUCCCAAACUGCCGAGAAUUAUACAGGCCAUAAAUGAGAUAAGAUUUAGGAUUUAAUUUAAGGUCGGGGUGGGGUGGGAGCGGGACAAGGAGUAAGACUUAACCUAAACCUUUGACCUGGGGGACAUUUUUAAAUUUUACCGUUAAUACUUAAUUGCUGUGUGUCCAAAUUCAGUCAUGGCAAAUCCACUUGGGAAAGGAAAACUAACCCAGCUUCAUGGAUACUACAUGGAAGGUUUGCUGUUUUGACCCAGUGGUUUCCAGUGGGGCAGUUAUGAAAUAUGUUCUCUAAGAUGUACAUUUUUUCAUUGUAACAUAGGAAGUGUAAAUAAUUGAUUAAAGUGCUGCAUUUUGAUGAAUUUUUUCUAGCCAUUUUUAAAGAGAAAACUAGGAAUUGAGUAUUUUGUGUACGGUCUGUUUCCAUACCCCCCGGCCCUCCCUCCCUAUUUAAUUGUCAUUUGUCAUGAGGUUUCUGGAUUUGCCAAUGAUCUGCUGGAGAUCACGCCCCAUGUCAUAGAGAAUAAGCUGAUGAUUGUACCAGUCUUAAAUUAUUCAUGAUUCAAUAAAAUUGAUGCUUAUUUAUUCAGA